CACUCAUUUGUUUUUAGCCCACAUCCGAUCCGUUGAAAAUCCCAAGGCCGAGGAGGAUUACACAAUGUAUCUUUGCUGAGACUGACCGCUGGACGGCGUCCCCGCCUUCCAUCUCUUCCCACCGCCGCCAUCAGCUAUGAAAUUAAAUGCCGCUUAGCCCUCUCUCACUGUUUCGGCUUCUCAAUGGCUCCACAAAUAGUAGAAUUGGAUAGAAUUGCUUUAAUCCCGCUCUCUCUCACUUCUCCGUGCUCCUGCCGCUCUCACUCUGACUUUCGCCGUUGGAAGACCUUUCCCAAAUUAACCACAGCACCGAGCUUCUGUAGAUUUGGGUUCAAAUUAGAGGUAAACAGUAAUGGCGCACGAGGGAUUUUUAGCAUUCCUAGAGGUGUUUUGGUGAAACACCGCCGGCGGGUGAUCUCGGCCGUUGCUAGGGCUGAGCAGCCGGAACGGAUUGACGACGCUGAAAUAACUAAUGAGGAUGUUAAAAGUGGCACUCAAUUAUCUGAUGAAGGCAAUUUAUAUUCAGAGCAGCAGCAGAAAACAAGUCAGUUGAAGAAAAGGAUUAUUUUUGGACUUGGUAUUGGAAUUUCUGUUGGAGGAGUAGUGUUGGCUGGGGGAUGGGUUUUCACUGUGGCCCUUGCUGCAGCAGUAUUUAUUGGUGCCAGGGAGUAUUUUGAGCUGGUAAGAAGUCGCGGAAUUGCUUCUGGAAUGACCCCUCCUCCUCGAUAUGUAUCACGAGCUAGUUCUGUUAUCUGUUCUCUAAUGCCUAUACUCACACUAUACUUUGGGAAUAUUGAUGUGUCUGUGACAUCAGCGGCCUUUUUUGUUGCUAUGGCGCUUCUCCUGCAGAGAGGAAAUCCUCGUUUUUCUCAACUUAGUAGUACCAUGUUUGGACUGUUUUAUUGUGGUUACCUUCCUUGUUUUUGGGUUAAGCUACGGUGUGGGUUAGCAGUCCCUGCACUAAACACAAGAUUGGCAGCAUCAUGGCCUCCUCUUCUAGGUGGACAAACUAUGUGGACAGUGGGUCUUGUGGCCACCUUGAUUUCAUUUAGCAGUAUCAUUGCAGCAGAUACGUUUGCUUUUGCUGGUGGAAAGGCUUUUGGUCGGACGCCACUUACUACAGUUAGUCCAAAGAAAACAUGGGAGGGAGCUCUGGCUGGAUUAGCUGGUUGUAUAGCGACCUCUGUCUUAUUGGCCAAGUUCUUCUGCUGGCCCUCUUCUGUCCUAAGCGCUACCGCUUUUGGGGUUCUAAACUUCUUUGGGUCUCUUUUUGGCGACCUUAUCGAGUCUAUGAUCAAGCGUGAUGCAGGUGUGAAGGAUUCAGGAUCGCUCAUACCUGGACAUGGGGGGAUACUGGAUAGGGUCGACAGCUACAUCUUUACAGGAGCACUGGCGUAUUCUUUUGUGAAAUUUCUGCCACUGUAUGGAGUUUGAUAGAGUGAAUGCAGUUUGCGUGGACGAAAGUUCUUGGAUGCGAUUUUUCCUUCGUUGUAUCUAGAGGGAGUUCUAGAUGACAUUCUUGCUCGACAUCAUGGGACUGGUGGUAGAUCAUGAGCAUCAGAAUAGGAAACUAAUAACAUUUGCAACACCCUCAGGUUCUUAUUUGCAUUUAAACCUUUGUUCUAAAGUUCAUAGGACCUCAGUCGAAGUUAAGGUGAUAUGGAUCUCUGCAACAUGUUGCUUAGCUUGUGAAACCCUUGCCCGAAUGUGAUAGCAGAAUUUGUAUAUUCAUUACAUGAGCAUGAAAAAUCGAUCAAUAAGAUAAGGUUUCAGAGAAUGAGCCUUGGAAGAAUAGCCUUAAAAGUGUGUAUUUUUU